CCCUGUUCUAUAUUAUGAUGACCACAAUUACGAAUGAAACGAGUUAAAGAGUAAAAAUAAGCUCACAAACAUAUCUUUUGGUUGCCGCCAGGCAAGGAAGGUAUUAUUAUCUAUUUAUCUUGGAGUUGAAACCAACUAAUCCAUGGCGUAACUGAAUUCUGAAAUCACUCUCUUUUAGCCAUGGAAGCUCUAAACACACACUCACUUCGUCCCAUAGCACGAUUCCAACCAGACACCGACAACAUUCGACGCAACCUUAUUAAAAAAGGUGUCACUCCCACGCCAAAAAUUAUCCACACUCUCCGCAAAAAACAAAUCCAAAAACACAAUCGAAAACUCAACCGUCAAGCCCAAAUAUCGCCACCACUUUCCAAGACACAAAAACAAACGUUAGAGGAAGAACAACACUUUCAUGAACUCAAACAUGAGUACAAACAAUUCACAAAAGCUUUGGAAGAGAAUAAAGGUUUGUCUUUGGUUGGGAAGCCAUGGGAAGGGGUUGAAAAAGUUGAGUUUUUGGAGAGAGUGAAAGUGAAUAAGGAUAAUGGAGGUGGAAAACUUAAGAGGGAGAGUUUAAUGGAGUUGAAGGAAAUGUUUCUUGAGAGAAAAAUGGAUGAAUUGAAAUGGGUUUUUGAUGAUGACCUUGAAAUUGAUGAGGCUUGGUUUGAUGAAAAUAGUUAUGAGAAAAAGACGAGUAAGCGUAGUGAGGUUAAGGUUGUUAGGUUUCUUGUUGAUAGGUUGUGUGAUAGGGAAAUUGGGGCUAAGGAUUGGAAAUUUUCGAGGUGUAUGAAGCUGUCGGGAUUGCCUUUCACAGAGGGUCAGUUGUUGAUGAUUCUUGAAAUGCUUAGUGUUAGGGGUUGUUGGAAGCAAGCUCUAUCUGUAGUUCAAUGGGUGUAUAGUGAUAAGAAUCAGAAAAAGUUACAAAGCAUGUUUGUAUACACAAAACUUCUAGCAGUUCUCGGGAAGGCAAGAAGGCCAACGGAAGCCCUUCAAAUUUUUAAUUUGAUGCGUGGAAAUAUUCAUGUAUAUCCUGAUAUGGCUGCAUAUCACAGUAUUGCUGUUACACUUGGUCAAGCUGGUCUUCUGAAAGAGUUGAUGAAUAUUGUUGAAUACAUGAGGCAGAAACCCGAAACAUUUAAUUAUAUGUAUUGCGAGAACUGGGAUCCACGUCUUGAACCUGAUGUGGUUAUCUACAAUGCUGUACUUAAUGCUUGUGUUCCGACAAAACAAUGGAAAGGUGUGUCAUGGGUUUUUCAGCAACUGCAGGAAAGUGGUCUGAAACCUAAUGGAGCAACUUAUGGGCUUGCGAUGGAGGUAAUGCUGCAAUCGGGAAACUAUGACCUUGUCCAUGAGUUAUUUGGAAAGAUGAGGACAAGUGGCGAAGCUCCAGAAGCCCUUACAUAUAAAGUGUUGGUGAGAACGUUUUGGAAGGAAGGUAAAGUUGAUGAAGCUGUGAAAUCUGUCAGGGACAUGGAAAGAAGAGGCAUUAUGGGAUUAGCCAGUGUAUAUUAUGAGCUAGCAUGUUGCCUUUGCAACUGCGGGAGAUGGCAAGAUGCUAUUACGGAGGUUGAGAAGAUAAGAAGACUUCCUCAUGCUAGACCUUUGGAGGUUACAUUCACCGGCAUGAUUAGGUCAUCCAUGGAUGGUGGGCACAUUGAUGAUUGCAUAAGUAUAUUUGAAUAUAUGCAAGACCACUGCGCUCCUAAUGUAGGGACCGUAAAUACCAUGCUGAAAGUGUACAGCCAGAAUGACAUGUUUUCUAAAGCUAAAGUUUUAUUUGAGGAAGUUAAGGUUACAAAGUCAAAUUUACGACCAGAUGCAUACACAUAUAACAUAAUGUUGGAAGUGUCUGCCUGCGCGCACCAGUGGGAAUACUUUGAGCAUGUGUACAAAGAGAUGAUUCUCUCGGGUUAUCAUUUGGAUCAAAAUAAACACUUGCCAUUACUUGUUAAAGCUUCAAGAGCUGGCAAGUUGCAUUUACUGGAGCAUGCAUUUGACAUGAUUCUGGAAGCUGGAGAAAUUCCUCAGCAUCUUUUCUUUUUUGAAUUGAUGAUUCAAGCUAUAACUCAGCAUAACUAUGAGCGAGCAGUCAUCUUACUCAGCACCAUGGCUUAUGCACCAUACCGAGUGACUGAAAAGCAAUGGACGGAGCUGUUUAAAGAAAAUGAAGACAGAAUCAAUCAUGAAAAUCUGGAGCGGUUGUUGGAUGCUCUUAGUAAUUGUAAUGUUGUAUCAGAAGCAACAGUAUCAAAUUUAUCAAGGGCAUUGCAUGUUCUUUGUGGAUUAGGUUCAUCGAGAAACAACUCUGGUAUCAUUCCUUUUGGAACCGAAAAUGUCAAUGGUCUGAAUGAGACAAUUGAUGGUGGUGGAAAUGGAAAAGUACCAAAUAUUUCAGGAAGAAUGAUGAUUGGAGGUACUGAAUCUGGGAAUGACAUUUUUCUUGGUGAUCAAGCUGAAUCAGAUAUAUUUACCUUUAACCAUGAUCAAGUUGACAGAGUAAACAAUAAUGAUGUGGUGGUUUGCUGGCCACAAAACUAUAAUAUUGAAGAUAAAGUAAGUUCAUGCGCUAGACCGAAAUUUCUUAAUCAUCUUGCACUUGACAAGUCUUCAGAUGAUGAGCUCUCGGAUAAUGAAAGUGAUGAAGAAGAUGAUGUUUCCAAGGCAAUGGUUGACAAGCCUUCGGCAUAUCAAAUAUUGGAAGCGUGGGAGGAAAUGAGAGAGGUGGAUAGGACUUAGGAGUUUGUUAGACUCUGAAAUUGUUUGUGGCUAGUCAUUGCAAAUUGUUUUAGACUAUGUUUGCGAGUUUAGGAGGGUCGGGAGGUGGUUAGUUGGAAAAAAGGAAUGAGAAAAGGGAAAGUGAAGGAAAAAAAUUUAUGAGAUAAAAAAAAAAAAGUGUAAAAGGUUUCUUCCUCUCUUUUCUCCUUCCCUGCUCACCAAAUUCUUAAACGAAAUGUUAGCUUUCAAUAUGAAAUUGUAACAAGAAACUUAUUUUAAUCAAACAUUGUGAUAUCUACAAAAAUGUUGUAACUAAAAUGUGUAAAGUUCAAAAUGUUAAAAAACAUAAUUUAUUGCUCUCAUGUUUAGAGUCCAAU